CGGGUUUGCUGCGCGCUGUCGUAGACAAAGCUUGCGCCGUUGUCGCCGCCGUAGCUUUUUGCUACACAAACAAUAAUAAUAAAAAAAAAGCGCUAGACAAAAUAAUAAUAGUUGCUAAUUGGCUGCCAUUGUCGGUUUAGCUACUGGUGCUCUGUCUGUGUUCAUUAAAUAACAUCAAACUGGUAUUUAAAAAUUUCCAAAAUUGCGAACAGUGUAAUAAAAUAAAUAUAAAUUUACAUUGAAAAUCCUUAGUACAUACACAUACACUGACAUGUCGCGUGCUGUAAUUGUGUGCGUGAGUGUAUAGAAAUGCUUCAGUGCAGUAAGUUUUAGCGCAUGCGCCAUUGUCCCCCCAAGUUGCUGCCAAGUUUUGCAUUAAUUGUUUUUCGUCGAACCAAAAAGCAUUUAAAAUUACAAACACUCCGAGCUGAUAAGCUAGCGCAGACGCUGCCAUGUAGAUUGACGUGUUGGACAGCCAUUGUAAGCUAGCGUCAUGGUGGAAUCGUCGAGCUUGGGCCGUGCGCCGCCAGCGGCACAACAGCCCAUACCUCAGCAGCAUUCGCCGUCGCCGUCGGGAAUGCGUUGCGGUAAUUUGGAGACGCGCGUGCGCGGCUCUUGGUACCGUGUGAUGGUAACGCUGGAAACGGACUUUCUAGCCGUGAGUCUGGAUGAGUCGUGCGAGUCUACGCCUCCUUCGAGCGACAGCCAAUCCACAACCCUAAACGGCACACUGGGAAGCAAUCACAGCGGCGGAGGAGGCGCCAGUCAGAAUGGCACGUUGCCCAGCUCUGCCUCGUUGCAGGGCAUGGCUGUUCAGGACACCGAACUGGAUGGCUCUGUGGGCACUGGCACUGGCACUGGCAGCAGCAACAACGACAACGGCGAUCUUUGUCUGAAUAACAAUAACAAUGCGGACGCCGUUGGCCUGGACAUGUGCGAUGUACCUGAUCAUGUGGCCAAUCAGAAGCGCCACGUACGCAUCAUCAAGUCCGACAACAACGGUCUGGGCAUAUCCAUCAAAGGAGGUCGCGAGAAUCGCAUGCCCAUUCUCAUCUCGAAGAUCUUUCGGGGCAUGGCCGCCGACCAAGCCAAAGGCCUCUACGUGGGCGAUGCCAUUCUAACCGUGAACGGCGAGGAGCUGCGCGAUGCCACCCACGAUGAGGCAGUGCGUGCCCUGAAGCGUGCCGGUCGCGUGGUGGAUCUGGAAGUUAAAUUUCUGCGCGAGGUGACGCCCUACUUUCGGAAGGCGAGCAUCAUUUCUGAGGUGGGCUGGGAGCUGCAGCGCGCAUUCCUCUGCCCAUUGGGUCCGGGCGCGCCGACAUCCCCGCCCGCACCGACGCCCAAGACAACGCCGCGAGCAGAUACGCGCUACAUACCGCUGCAGCUGACGCAUCUGGCGCGCAAUCUCAAGUACAUCGAUCCGGAAAACCGUUGCCUGGAGCUGCACUCGCCGGAUGGCGUGCACUCGUGCAUUCUGCGUGCGGCCGAUUCCGCGGAAGCCCUGGUCUGGUUCAAUGCGCUCCACUCGGCCAUGGGCAGCAGCACGCAGCGCUCCCUGGUCGAGGCCAACCGUGCGCUGAUGACUCUCAUUGGGGAGCUCAAGCACAUUGGUUGGCUGAGCAAGCGCCUAAACGGAGGCGGCAGCUCGGGCAGCGCCGGCGGUGGUGGGGGCAGUGGCGCGGCCAGCGGAGGUAGUGGCACCUCGAACAGUGGAGGCGUCGCCGGCGAGGUGGUAAGUCCCAGCGGUCGCUCCAGCUCGGAGAGUUCCGAUGAAAGCGACAAAUGGCUGCCCAUUUUUGUGGCAGUUACCGAGCGCGAGUUUCGGAUAUACGAGAGCGCACCCUGGUCCGUCGAGGCCUGGAGUCGUCCAUUGGAGAGCUAUGCGCUGGCCACCACAAGGUUGGCCGGCGCCGGCAACAAUUCCUCCCUAAAUGGCCAGCAGACAACGGUGUUUUGUGUGCGCUGUGGCACAGCACGGGGUGUCCUGGUGUACUGGCUGCGCUCGGAGACACAUCGGGAUAUGGCCGCGUGGGCGCGUGCCCUUGUUCAGGGCUCCCAUCAGGCGGUCAAUUUGCAGCGGGAGUUCUCGUUUCGCUGCCUCUACCAGGGCAGGCAGUGUCAAUUGGUUGUGCACAUAAAUCGGGGCUUCUUCUUAUACGAUUGCGGUGGCUUCGCCUCAUCCACGCCAACUGCGGCGGUGGCCAACAAAACGCAGCUCUGGCAAUUCCCAUUUGAUAAGUUGAAAGGCUCGGCGGACGACGGAGCUCGCAUGCUAUAUUUGGAUUUUGGCGAUGAUGGCGAAAUCGAGCUGGAUAUGGAGUGUUGUCCAAAGCCCGUUGUGUUCGUGGUACACAAUUGCCUGUCGGCCAAGGUUCAUAAUAUUGCCUAAGCAGCGUCAUUUGGGCCAAAUUCUUUUAAGCGCAAUAGAAAAAUGAUAUAGCAAAUAAUAUUUUACAAUUAUUUUUGUUGCUA